CAUAUUCACUCUAAUGGUUAUGUUCAGAUUCUCUGCCGAUUGUGGUAAACAACGUUAGCUUGAUUUAAACACGAAGGAGUAAACAUUUAAAUGUAUUCUUCAAUUAUAUAGAAUUUCGCCUACACUGAGGAAACCGGCUUGCGUGAUGGCGGACAGCCCCGGAGAUGAUGACUUUGAAGAUUAUGACAAGCCAGGUGCAGAGAGAUCACGCAGGAGGAGAGGCGAAGAUGAUUUAGACAGUGAUCUUGAGAGUGAUUUGCUGGAGGAGGAUUGGCUGACAGCCAAAAAGGAUCCCUCAGAAGUGUCAGAUGAGGAAUUGAACGAUGACCUUCUACAAAGCGAUGAAGAAGAUCAAAACAUCGGCCACGGCGUUAGCCUCAAUGCUACUCUAUGCGAAUUUGACCAGCAGGUGAACCCCAUAGACUACCCAGAAAAAGGAGAUAUAGGAGAUAUAGAGGGGGGCUACCAGCAGGAGGGGGGAGAGUACAUGGACGAGUACAGCCUGCCCAAUGACAUGGAGAUACCAGACGGCCAAAUGGAAUACUCAGGAGAACAUGCUGGGGGCGACGGAGUGUUAGACAUUCAAAUCAAUGAGCCUCUAGAUGAUGAAUUUCAAGCGGAUGAUUACUCACCAAGCUAUGGAGGUGGAGAAAAGCAGGAGGAGCAGGCAGCGCAACAGGAAGCCCCAGAGGAGGAGGAGGUCUCUCAGCUCGCAGACACAGAGGCUGAGAAUGAAGUAGAGCCAAAGGAAGAAGUGAAGGAGGAGGAAGACGAGGAUGAAGAGGAAGACGACGAUGGAGAGUCUGGCCGGUUGCGUUUCAAAACGGAGCGUAAAGAUGUCACGUCUGGUGUUGUGCGGCUGGCGGAUGCGGGAACCAAAAGACGGAACAUUCCUGAAACAUUAGAGCUGUCUGAAGAGGCCAAAGCAGGCCUGAUGGAGUUUGAGGAGAAGGAGCGCCAGAGGAAGCAGGGCCGCUUUGGAGGCCGAGGAGGAGAUGGAGGAGGAUUCAGAGGUCGAGGAUUAAGAGGGAGGUUCCCCGGAUUUGGGAUGGGAGACUUUGGUGGAGGAAGAGGACGAAUGAAUGACCUGAGGCUCCCAAUGGUGCCUCUACAUAUGGGCAUGCAGCGGUCUCCCUCAAGAAUGACUCCCCCUCACCCACGUCAUCAUCUUCAGCAGCACCAUCGUCAGGGUGGCCCUCGAGGGCCCUCCUUCCAGGAGCACAGCGGCGGCCCGCUGGCCCUACAGCCCCUCCUCCCCCUGCACAUGGCCCAACGCGGGGCACCAGUCAGGCCCCAGACGGACCCACCACACCGCAUGAUGAGUCCCCCUCCCUCACACAACCACCAACAGCAACAGCAGCAGCAGCAGCCCAAGAACAUCCACAUCAACCCCCAUUUCAGGGGCCCUGCAUCCUCCCCUGCACAAGUGCCCUUGCUGCCUCCUGCCCAGAGCCAGCCCAGACCUGCUGUGGGUCCUCAGAGGUUCCCUCGACCAGGGGACUUCCAGCAACAGCACGUGCCGGGUAAUUUCGGCCAGCCGCCCCAGAGGCCCCCCCAUCACAUGGAGCCCUGGAGGAACCAGCCUCCCCCCACCCCCCAGGACAGAGAGCCCUUCUUCAUCGGGGAGCCAGGGCGGUUCCCAGGGCAGCAGCUGCUCAUGUUCGAUCACCAGAACCCCAGCUUGCUCAUGAACAGUAAUAACCACCAGCUCUCCAGCCAGGGCCACAUGGCCUUCAACCAGCCAAGCCCAGGGGGGUUCAACCAACCAGGCCAGGGUCCAGGGGGCCAGCUAGGGAUGUUCCAGAGAGAGCCCCCCAGACCUAACCUGCCUCCCCAGGGCCACGCCCAGAGCCACCAGGGCAUGGCCAGCCUGACUGGGCACAGCGGACCCACUAACACCAGGCUCUUCAUGGGCCACCGUCAGCCCGGCUUCCCCCAGCAGCAGGGGACUCCCGGGCCGUUCCCCUCACAGCAGCUCCAGUUUGGGAUGCAGGUACGGAUGAGAGGCUUGAUGCAGCACGGCCUUCUCCACUCGCAGCUCCAGCAUCAUGACUUGCCUCUAUCCCAUCAGCAACAACAUCAGCAGCACCACAGACAGGACCUGUCUCAGCCGCCUCUCCAGCACCACUCUCACCCCCAUCACAACGAGCAGCGGCAAGGCCCCAUGAUGCACCGCGGCGGGCAGGGCCAGCCCCCCUUCCACCAGCAGCAGCACGGCAGCCCCAGACAGAUGCACCCUAGCGGGCCCCGCCCCCAGAACUUCCAGCAGCGUAACGCCCCCAUCAGGCCGAGGAUGAGCCCCCCUGCCCCCAAACUCAUUCCCCAGCGCAACAGCAACCUCCGCGAGCUCCCCGUGGCACCUGGCAACCAAAACGCGAACAACGUCCGCCCGGCCUCUGCGCCAAACGCCUCCAACGUCAGGCCCGUUGCCAGGGCAAUGCAAGGAGGGGCGCGACCGGGCCUGAACCCUCGGCCGGUACCCGGCGGUGGCAGAGGAAAAGCCCAGCCUGCUGCUGCCAACAAGGCUGCAGCACAGCUACCUGGGCCACUUGGAAGAACGGUGGUUCGCAGGGAUUCCACAAGCACUCGGCCAAACACAGCAGUACAGGAUCCGGACGAGGACGAGGAGACGCGGCAGUACCGUCUGAAGAUCGAGGAGCAGAAGCGUCUCCGGGAAGAGAUCCUGAAGAGGAAGGAGAUGAGGAGGCAGAUGCAGGCCAGCGUCCGCAAGAAGGAGCUACUGGAACGCAUCAACGGCCAGGGUGACCCACAACAACAACAACAGCUGCAACGUCCGUUUCCUCCUAAACCGCAACAGCCCCAGCAAGGCACUUCUGCUUUCCCUCCCAGCGGCACCCCACAGACGCCCCCCGCACUCCGCCAGAACGUCAAGACCCACCUGACCAAGGGUGAGCAAGCACCGGCUCCAGGCUGGCAGGGCGGCCAGCAGGGGAGCAACACUGACCCCGGGUGCCCUGGUCCCAACCCUCACCAGCAGGCCCAGUGGCAACAGCAACACGGGCAGCAGAGGAGGAACGUUACCCAGCUGAACCCUAUCAGACCAGGUGGGGCCCCUCCCAUGGGGAACAUGCCCAUUCAGGGAGUCCCGAUGGCGGGUCUGGGUUCCGGCCAGGCCCAGUCUCUGGGGCCUAAAUCAGGGGUGAAGAGAACUGUGAUGCAGCGAGCCAACAGUGGAGACGGAGCGGGGCCACAAGUUCCACAGAAAGUAAGAGUGGUCAAGCUUCUAGGAGGGGGAGGAGAUGUGAGUGGUGCCAGCGCCCCAAUCCAGCAGCAGGACCAGGCCAGCCCCCAGCUCCGCCAGGGCCCAGUGAGGAAGGUAACCCUGGCCAGCCCCCCCGGAGGACUGCCCAUACAGGGCCUGGUCACACAGGGGGGCAGAGGGGGCAUGAGCAACAGGGUGGUUGUCCCGGGGUGUGGCAGAGCCAGCGGGGCCGCGGGAGGGACGGGUCAGCUGGGCCGGGGGCGCCUGAUUCCUACCAGACAGAGCCAGAGAGUGGCAGAGGACAGCCAGGCCUGCACUGUGUCCAUAGACGGCCUCUCCACAUCCACCACCGACGCGCAGCUCCGGAACUUGCUCAACUCAAUCGGACCCAUCCAGAUGUUCAAAAUGCUGCCCCAGCAGAGGAAAGCCAUUGCCAAAUUUCACAAUCCCCAGCAUGCCUUGAGUUUCCAAGUCAGCUUCAACAGGCAUAUGAUAGAUUUGUCCCAUAUUGAUGUGUCACUGAUUGAUGUCUGAAGCCGCGCGGUAGAGGGUGGCGGCGAGUGCCCAGUGCAGGACGUCACGCUUGACGCUCAUGUGGCUUGGAGGUUCCGGUGUACAGAUCCUUCAGCUAUAUGUAACAACAGCUCUAUGGAACACACAGAACCUACACAGCACCCUCAUCCUCCUCACAACAAGCACCCCCGACCUCCUUGCCUGCUGACGGAUCUACUGAGGGAAAACGUCAACACAAAGCAGCAUGUUUUGCUCAUGUUUGAAUUUCCGUAAAGGGGGAGCUUCAAUGCCGGUUUCAUAUGACAAAUAUGUUUAUGGUCACUGGUCUGGACACUUGGACAGACAUGAAGGGAAGAUGCUGGAUAGUAUGUGAUUUUUCAAACUUUGACAGAAGGAAUUUGAGAUGAGAUGAGUAAAAGGUUUGUGCAUCGGGCACUAACGACAACAACAAGUAGUGGUUGACACUGGAUAAUGGUUGCUCCCCACCCUCAGCUCAGUUGUGAACACCAUCUAUAUCAACGAUUAGGGAAAAGAGUUUAGGAGAUUUAACUUGUACCUGGAGAUUUUACACAUUUUCUGAACAGGUGUUUUUGAUUCGAGGCAAGCUGCUGAUGUAGGUCUUGACCGAAAGAAACGGGUGUAGAAUAGGUGUGAAGC